UGCCAGUUGAGCGAACACAGCCGUCUUGGGCGGUGUUAAGCGCCGGUAUAUGUAGGUGUCUCCUGCCUUUUUAGUGCGAUUUUGACUUCGUACUCUCCGUCACAGAACAUCGGCAAUAUGUGCGAAGACGUCCGCCGCUCGAUAAUCAGCAUAGUCCUCCACAGCUCUCGCAUAUGACCCAAAAGACUGUCCGCCCUCUCUAUCCUCCUUCCAUAAUGUCUCGAAGACGACGACGUCCAAUCCAGUGUGCACCCAUUUAGGCAGUCGGCGGCGGGCUACAAAAGCCGAGCAAUUCCUUCGAACAUACCAGACCCACCAUCUCCAACAAGCCAAGACUUCGCUGUGCAGCCCCAGCUCAGGACGCGUAUACCGGAUAGAUGCCGCAACCAUCGCCCUUCACCACACCCCGCUCUCAACCGAUCCCCUUUCCGUCUUCCGCUGCAUCACACGCUCGCGACCCGUGGAACGCGUUCCGAGAAGGUUCGAGCUCCAGCUCAAGCGCACAAUCCAUGUCCUCACGCGGCUCGUCAGACAUGGUCUUCCAUAUGGACCCGGAGUCCACGACACCAGGGAGGCGACCGUACUAUCAACCGUACGGUGGGGGUCAUGCGCCAGCAUACCUCCCGCAAACCAGCGCUGCGCCACCGCCCUUCCCGAAUAUGAGCACGCGGUGUAGUGGUUGUAGCCGCCAAUUCAUUCCGCGCUCGGAUGUCGCUGCCAGGUUGAGGUUGUGUGAAUACUGCCGUGCCCCGCCUCGGGCACCGGUACAACACGCUGCCCCAAUGGACCGUGGAAGACAGUAUACCGAACGGUCACGACGCGAACAUCGGCCACGUUAUGCUUCUGUAACAAGCGACGUGGCUCUGUAUGCCCCUAAUAGUAGCAAUACAAGGCGGCAAGACCGACAUAAGGGGAUACGCCCGACGGGGCCCGCGCCUGCGGCACAGCCCGUUGGUACUGACACCACGGUCAUGGGCCGGUUCUUCCCUGCCGCUCUGGCAGAGACGUCUAACGACGCCCUGCUGGAGAGUCUGGGGGAGGCGCGCCCAACCAGCGCCCCGCACUCCGUCGUCCCUCGAUCGAGCGCAAUGCGUCGCUCAGUAUGGAGCCGCCGGUAACAGCCUGAGUGCCAAUCCAACAUCCUUGGACGGAACUGGCGGAGGAAAUGGGCACCACGGUCCCAUGCGGCCGGCCCACACGGACUUUUCAAUUCCCUUCAGUUCCUGCAUCCUAACAUCCCCGUGCCCUACCCUCCCCCCCCCCAACAACGAUGUAGUCAUAAAACGCAU